AUGUAUCAUGAGCAGCCCCACAAUAUUGUACCCACCGUAUUGCUGCAUGGUGGUGCUGGCGAUGUAACCGAUAAUGAGAUGAGCUGUAGAAAAGAUGGCAUAAAACAGGCUGCCCGGUUGGGUUAUGCAACGCUGAUGAAGACCCAAAGUGUGGUUGAUGCCGUCCAGCAAGCUGUCGAGGCUAUGGAAAGUGAUCCACAAUUUAAUUGUGGCCGUGGCAGUGUUCUGACCUCUGAGGGUACCAUCGAAAUGGAUGCAGGAAUUAUGGACGGUGCUACGCUGAAUGCUGGCUGUGUAUCGACAAUACGGGAUAUCCUACAUCCCAUUGCAUUGGCCCGUAGUGUCAUGGAGAAUACACCUCACACCUAUAUGGCGGGUGAAGGGGCUAUGGUGUAUGCCCGAAAAGCGGGGUUUCAAAUAUUACCCCCUGGUUCAUUGGUAACGAAAAAGGCGAAAAUAUCUUUCACAGAAUUCAAGGAUAGUUGUAAUAAUGAUAACCCAAUGGGCCCCAGUUGGCGGUAUGAGAAACCCAAGUUGGGUAGGAAGUCAUAUUACGCUUCACCCGGCACUGUGGGUGCCGUGGCCAUUGAUUCGUAUGGUAAUGUGGCCGCUGCCACCUCAACAGGUGGUCUGACCGGCAAAAUGUCUGGCCGUAUUGGAGAUUCGCCGAUAUUGGGCGCGGGUACCUAUGCCGAUAACAUGGCCGGUUGUAUAUCGGCAACGGGUUCGGGUGAAAUUAUUAUGCGUUACAAUGUGGCAUCGCGGAUUUUAGGUUUAAUAAAAUAUUGUAAUAUGAGGGUCCAAGAUGCCACCAAAAAGAUUUUGGAUGAAAUGCUGGAACGCUUUCAAGUAACCGCAGGACUUAUUGCCAUACAUCGCCGGGGUAAUUUGGGUAUUUAUUUUACCACCGAUCGUAUGGCAUGGGCCUAUCAACGUGGUGGGGAGCUGCAUUGUGGUGUCGAUCAGGGUGAAGAUAGUGUGGAAGAAAUUGUUGCGGAUUGA